AUGGACGGGAAUAUUAUUGCCGGCAUUGUAUGGGAUUCUCGAGAACCUCUUCCGUUAGACUUGGUCCAAGAAUUUCGACCAGAAAUUGACCACGAAUCUUCGGACGGAGCCUCAGAAAUCUCUCUGCCUGACGGUAAACAUGGUCAUGUUCAUCGCGGAAGAGACUGUGUCCUCCGAGAACCUGAUCGGAAUAUUCUUCUCCCAUUAUCGACCUCUCUGACGGCUAGAGUUAUAGAUGACGCGGCACAAGUAACGAUCACCCAGCUUUUCUUCAACGAUUCCAAUGCUCCUAUUCCCAGAGGGUCAUACACAUUUCCUCUCCCAAACGGUUGCACGGUCAUUGAGUUCAGCUGCCGAGUUGGUCGCAAUAAGAUUAUAAGAGCCAAAGUGAAGCCUAAGCAGGAGGCUCGGGAGGACUUUGAUCGUGCCUCUCGGAACAAUCAAACUGCAGGGCUCAUGGAGCAGGACACUCCAGAGAUCUUCACCACAACUCUUGGGAACAUUCGACCAAAUACCAAAUUGAAGGCAGAGAUUUCGUUUGUGACCUUUCUGAAGCACAUGUUCCGAGACCGGAGUAGCACUGCCACUCUCACGAUACCGGCUUAUGUGGCGAGUCGCUACGGCAGGCCUCCCCCGGGACUCACUUGUCCAUCGUCCAACGGACUCCUCAAAGGAUUCUCAGUCCACAUUGAGGUAGUUGACCCCGAGGGAAUUCAGACCAUCACAAGUAAAACUCAUGAAAUCGAAGUUGAAGGCGGAGUGGGCAGGCAAGAGUUCGAAAACUGGGAGGAGUUCGCAGCGGCAGUUGGCACUGACGAUCUUCCCGUUUCGAUUGUAAGCUUCAAGAGAGGACCGACUUUCCUCGACAAAGACUUUGUCCUCGACAUUGCAACCCGGCCGCAGGAUGGGCUGGAAGCUCCACAUGCCUGGCUUGAAACUCACCCAUCGCUUCAGAAUCACAAGGCAAUAAUGCUCACGUUACCCCCAAGCCUCAUGCUCAGAAACGAGUCUUUAAACGAGGAUGGGGAGAUAUUAUUUGUGGCUGACCGAUCGGGAUCCAUGUGUGACAAGAUCGAGUCUCUAAAGUCGGCCAUGGCGUUCUUCCUCAAAGGCAUCCCGGCGGGCCGAAAGUUCAAUAUUUGGUGUUUUGGCACGGGUCAGCAAUAUCUAUGGCCCAGAUCCCAAAAUUACUCGAAUGGGACUCUCCACGCCGCUCUUGCGUUUGUCAAGACACGAUUCAGAGCCGAUAUGGGCGGAACGGAACUUCUCCGAGCAUUGCGAUCCAUUAUAAAAUCAAGAGACCCAUCUCGAAUGACGGACAUUAUCAUUCUUACUGAUGGGGAGGUCUGGCGGCUUGACGACACAAUCAACUAUGUGCGAGAUACCCGCAUCGCUACUGAGGCUAGGGUCAGAUUCUUCUCUCUGGGUGUGGGCAGCGCAGUCUCGCAUGCCUUGGUUGAAGGCAUAGCCAAAGCAGGCGGAGGUUAUGCAGAGGUAAUCCCGGCUGCCAGCAAAGGAGGAUGGGAAGACAGAGUAGUCGCAGUGCUGAAAGCUGCAUUGACCGGCCAUGUCGGUCCACUUAGAAUUGAGUUUGAUGAUGACUCGCAAGUUGGAAUUCCUGACGAGCAAUUUCCCAAAGGUCCGAUGUUUCCCACAAAGCCACCAUUUCUGCAGUCCCCAGCGGAUAUAUCGUCUCUAAGCCCUUUCCUGCGUAACAGAGUCUUCAUGUUAUUUGGUCCGCUUACCCCUACCACUCCAUUGAGCCAUAUCAACAUUAGAUCCACCAGACCCGAUGGCCCGGAAAUCGUUACUCGAGUUGCUGUCAAAACACUCCACAGGAAAGAGAUCUCUAUCCACAAGCUAGGCGCUAGGGCGAUUCUCGGUGAUCUUGAAAGAGGAGAAAGCUGGAUUCACCUUUCCCCGUAUCGGCCGGUUCGACAUUCGGCAGAAGAACGAAGACUGGAGCGUCAGGAAGGAGAAGAACUUGGAUGUAAAUGGUCACUCGUUUCAAAAUGGACAAGCUUCUUCGCUGUUGAAGAGAUGUAUGAAGAUUGUGGAGAUGUGCAUGACGAGUUUAUGGACGUGAAAGAGGCGGACGAAGAUCUGGAUCUUCUACGACCAUGGGGAGUAUCCGGCCGGUGGGCUGACGGUCCGAACCCGGCUUUGCCAAGCAAUGAUGCUGAAGACCCGGAAAAUGAUUCCAAUGACGACGAAGAUACUCCACCAGUCUCUGACUUCGCUGAGAGACGAGAUGACAGCAGCAAUGAUAGCGAUGACGAGGACUGGGAUGACAAUGGAAGUGGAGGUGGUGUUGCAGUCAGUCCUAACAGCACCGGCCAGCGAAAUGGACAGCUGCGAGCUCCCGAAGGCGACCAAGCACCAGAUCCCGGAACCCACCACAUCGAAGAGCAAGAUGGUAGCAGCAGGCAGGGUAGCUCCUCGGCCGGUCGAUCAAAUCAAAGACCAGCUGGCGGGCAAGUAUCUGACUUUGCAUCCACAGCAACAGCCCCUGCGACCCAUGAGAUUGUCUAUCGUGGUCCUCAAAUACAGGCUCCUCCUAUGAAUUAUCCUCCGGGGCCACAAUAUCAGACUGGUGUGAACUACAGUAGAGCAGGCCCAGCCCCAAGACUCUCGUCAGCUUCCAGGCUUGUGGGCAGCAGGGUUGGCAGGAUGAGUCCUUUCGCAAUGGGAGGCCCACGCUCCCCUAUGUUCAGCCAAGGUCUAAGCCACCCCGACAUUAGCGGAGCUCAGGCUCUGUUUAGGAGAACAAAGUGUGAUGAUUCAGCAGAAGCUCUACCUCAGCAGCUGCCAUCGGUUCUACCGUAUCCGCCGCAUGGACUAGAUGCUACAUCACUGACAUUCCUACAAACUGAUUCUAUCAUAGUCUCAAAUUCAUCUAGCAUCUCUCCGCAGUUUCAAAGCGCCUCCUUCUCACGGGCCUUACCGCCGCUGGGCCUGUCUUCAACCAGGCAAGACAAAUCCAAAUCACUACAUUCCGCUCCUUCUCAUACCACUCCUCUACCCAUUGAGCGAGAACGAAAGCCUUACAUGACCAACCCAGAUAGCGGAAAGACCUGCGAGGACGUGAGCAUGUCCUCUUCAUCAAUUGACGCAGAAUCAACGGAGCGGGAUUUAUACUUUGGCUUCGAAAAUGCCUACGAAAGAAUUAGAGAAUCCUCUUCGAUGGGCCGUACGUCGACUUCGGCUGUGCCAUCGCCGUACGAGUCUAUGUCCGUCUCAACCACUAUCACCGCUCCCACGUUCAAUAUUCCGGCUUCAGGGGCGCUGAUAUAUGACUCGAGCGGCAAGUUCAAAAUCAGCGAGGACCUGAAGAAAGAGCAGAUCGUCCGACAGCUUCAAUCUUAUCAGGGGUUUGACGGUCGCUUCGUUUGCGCAGAUUCCGAAAUCAGGGCGCUUUUCGGGGAAGAAUUUUCUCGGAUUGCCCGCGAUCUGUCACGGCAACAUCCACAAUUUGGCUACGAUCUGGUCUUGCAUAUGGCUAUAGUGGCCUUCCUCCGUCUCAAAUUCGAGUCUUGUCAAGCUCUGUGGACUCUAUUGUCGGCAAAAACCGAACAGUAUAUCAACAAAAGCUUCUUAUUCCGGGGAAUAGUGGAGGCUAGCCGGGACAGGGUACUUGAAGAUAUCAAAAAUCGCUUGCACAGGGUACCAGUACUAAUUGAAACCCCUAAAACCAUUGAGAUGAGCCCAACAGACUCUAGCGGCUUAAUUUCAGCUGAAGCAAAUGUUUCGGGAGGGCUUGAACAGCAUCGUAGUCCAAUUAUUUUGGACCGACCCAGGAGAUCCUCUUCAGUGUUUCGGUCACCGUCACACUCUCGGGAUCGACCAGCAUCACCACCUGGACGAGCCCGCCCCAGCUUAGGACCUCCCCGCCGAGAAUCUCCAGCAUCUCGACCGAGAAACCGAUCGCCCCACUAUCCAACUCGAGAGGGCCGCAAAAGACGCAGAAACUCGAUCUCUCUCUCUCCAUCCCGUAAUAGCGCGGAUACGAGAGGCAGGGAAGCAGUACAUGUUUCCCAACCCUAUGUAUCAGCAUCGUACGCGACAUACUCACCAUACUCGACCUCCGCAUAUCAGUCAUCUAGCCAGUCUCCAAUUAAUGCUUACAUGUCUGUGCCACCUAUCUCAUCAGAGCAGCCAUACUUCUCUACAUCUCAAUAUCCAACAUAUCCCAGCGCCUCUUCACUAUAUCCGCAACCUUCAUUAUCUUCGCCGGUCUACUGCCAACCACCGCCAAUCACCUCGUACCCACCCAUAGCAAGUGAGCCGCCCUCAUCUUCGUACACGAGGGCGACUACCCCCCCGACAAAGUCAAAGGAAACAAUACAAUGGCCGGAUUAUGGAUACCCUAGGAGGGACAUGCCCUCGAAGGGGCCGGUGUAUAACUAUGCAAAGGCGACGUCAGAGACGCCAGUGGCAUAUGGUGCCAGAUCGGACGCGGGAGCAGAAAGGGUUGUGCUGGAGCGUGCGCCAUUUUCUUGA